GUAUUUCAGAACUCUUCCCCAAAAUCAUAAUCAUUGGUGCUUUAGGACGCUGUGGUAAAGGUGCUUUGGAUUUGGCUAACAAAGUUGGCAUACCAGCUUCUCACCUGGGUAAAUGGGAUAUAAAUGAGACCAAGAAAGGUGGACCAUUCAAAGAGAUUCUUAACUAUGACAUCUUUGUUAACUGCAUUUGCUUGACCAAGAAAAUUCCACCAUUCCUGACGCGGGACAUGCUGGAUACCAACGAAAGGUCUCUGACUGUAGUGGUUGAUGUAAGCUGUGAUGCUACAAGUCCUUACAACCCUCUGCCUAUCUAUACCUCAUGCACAUCAUUCCAGGAUCCUAGUGCACCUGUGAAACUUGGGUCAUGUACAAAGCCACUUGAAAUUGUAGCCGUUGACCAUCUGCCUUCUCUGUUGCCGCGGGAGAGCAGCAUAAGUUUUGCCGAUGCAAUGGAACCUCACUUGAAUAAUCUGGUACAGAGUAAUGAAUGCCCUGUAUGGACCAGGACCCAGACCAUUUUUAACCAGAAGGCUGAAGAGGCUGAAGAACAUCUCCUUAAGGAAAACUAAUGCUUGCUAGUCAUCACUUUUGUACAAAUGUGUAAAUUUAAAUAACUCCUUUGCUCUGAACUUGCUUCUUAAUUUGUUUAAGGCCACAAGGAUAAGAUAAGAAAGCAAACUUUUCUCAAUCCCUUUGGGAAUCCCUGUAGGGAUUGGGGGUGAGGGGUUUGUGGCUGUUGAUAGGGAAAUUGAUGGUUUUCAACCAUUCCCAAGAGAAUUAAAUAACMAAAGACACGGCGGCCAUGUUGGAGGAUAUAACAAAAGAAUUCAUUGAUAAUUCUUUUGUUAAGUUCCUCCAACAUGGCCGCCGUGAAAACCAUCAAUUGGAAGCUUUAAUAGGUAUGCUACCAUUAUUGUUAAAGUGGGACCCUUGAAGUUUGAUGUCUCUUUUGCCAACUACAAUUUCAACGACUGUCAAUGAAAAAACUGAAAUGAUAAAAAAUAUUUUUGAGAGAGAGUUUUUAGACUUAAAUGAUGCUUUUAGAGGAUUGGAAAAUAUUUCCCUGAGGAUAUUGUUUUCUUUAUUUCAGUUCUUUCAUUGUCAGUCGUUGAAAUGCUAGUUGGCGAACCAGACAUCAAACUUUGCGCUUCACACUUCAACGAUAAUAGUAGUAAAUCACAUGAAGUUUUACAAAUUGAACUUGCGUAUAAUUCUAAUCUGGACAUCAAAAUUACUAAAACACACUUGAAGCUCCAAAUGAAUAAUUUCUCAGUAUUCUUACUACAUCUCGAUCCAACCAUUCAUUAUUUUCUUUCUUUUUUCAAUUAUUUUUUUUUUUACUGGGGGUGCAUUAAUCAUUUGAUAUGAGCAGAAGGAAAAAAUAUGUUCCACAUUUUGCUGUUUUUGUGUAGAUGAGUGUGUGGAUGGUGUGUGCUGUGUUGCAUAUGAAACUGAAAGUUUUAAGACUAAUUUCUCCAAAAUCGAAUUUAAAGAGAUUACUAAAAUGAAAUGCAUAAUUUUUUCAAAUUAAUAUAAAUCAAUAAAUACUGGCAAAAAAAGUUA